AUGAACCAUUUAAGGCAGUUUCUUUCCACCUAUUCCGGCGUUCCCCAGGCAGACCUGGAGCCUUACCUCUACCAGUUCAAGGAAGGGGACUGCGUGAGGCACCUGUUCCGCGUGGCCAGCGGGCUGGACUCCAUGGUGGUCGGGGAAUGGGAAAUACUCGGCCAGGUGCGGGCAGCCUUCAGCGCGGCCAGCAGUCCCAAGGCAGGAAUUAGUUACGUCCGCGGGCCCCUGUCCCGCCUCUUCCACCAGGCUCUCAGGGUAGGCCGGCGGGUGCACCACGAUGCCAAUUUGGGCUCCAACUUCGGGGACUACCGGCGCCGUUCGGUUAGCCACGUAGGAGUGCGGCUCGUUCACCGGCUGCUGGGCAACUUGUCGCAAAAGCAGGUGCUUCUUAUAGGCGCCGGCAACGCGGGCCAGUUGGCCGGCCGGGCCUUGGCAGCCGCUGGCGCUGGCAACCUCGUGAUCACUAACCGGACAUACGGACGGGCUGAGGAGCUUUCCACGGAACUGAACGCCCUGGCAGUUCCCUUUGAACUGCUAUCCCAGUCUGUUUCUAAUUCCGAUGUCGUUAUCAGCACAACGUCUUCGCCUGAGUAUCUGCUGCAACGGACCAAGGUUCAGGAAAUAAUGGCGCAGAGGGCCAGUCGGCCUCUGCUGAUGGUCGACAUUGCCGUGCCCAGGGACAUAGACCCGGAAGUGGGCUUGCUGGACGGCGUGAGUCUGUACGAUAUCGACGGCUUGAGCGCAACUUCAGACGCGGCCAGCGUGGGCAUGGAACCGGAAAUUGCCGUCGCCGAGGAUUUGGUGUUGGAGGAAACGGCCACACUAAUGGAGUGGUGGGAAUCUCUCGACACCAUAUCUGCUAUCGCCACAAUCCGGGAAUACGCUGAGAAUGUCCGGCGUGCCGAGGUCGAGAAGACCAUGGCCCGACUGCGAAAUCGGCAGGCCGCGGGUCUGGAUUUGAUCGACGACGUGGACUCGGAGGCGUUCGUAGCUCACCUCGAUGCGAUGACCAGCGCUCUGGUCAAGAAAUUGAUGCACCAUCCCACCAUGUACCUCAAGGAGGGUAAAGAUCCAGCUCGCCAAGAGGACACCAAAGUUGUCCGCGUAGGUACCCGGGCCAGCACGUUAGCCCGACUCCAGACCGACCUGGUUCUGAACCAGCUGCGUCCCCUUUACCCUCAACUGGACUUUCAGAUCGUUACGGUCACUACUCACGGUGAUGCCAACGCAACUGCUCCGCUGGCCGGUAUGGGCUUGGGUGUGUUCGUCAAGGAAAUCGAGCAGCAACUCCUCGACGGGCGGCUGGAUAUGGCGGUUCACAGCCUUAAAGAUAUGCCCACCCUUCUGCCGGAGGGACUAGCUCUGAUCGCGCUGCUGCCCCGGGAGGAUCCUCGCGACGUGCUGGUCAAUCGUUUUGGCUGCGGGCUGGACCAGUUGCCUGAAAACACCCGCAUUGGUACCAGCAGCCCCCGCCGCCAAUCUCAACUCCUCAGCCUCUGUCCCAAUGUGUCAGUGGUUCCCAUUCGUGGCAAUGUGGAAACGCGCCUCCGCAAGUCCGAAGGCGAAGAGUGCGACGGGGCAAUACUCGCCGCCGCCGGUUUGCUCCGGCUGGGUCUGGCAGACAGGAUAACUGAGUACCUGUCCCCUCAGAGCUUCGUGCCCCCGCCGGGACAGGGCAUUAUGGCGGUUGAGACCCGGGCCGACGACGACCGCAUGGCCGGCAUUCUCAGGGCUAUCGACCACGCUCCCACCCGGUACGCCGCUACCGCCGAACGCGCUUUCCUCGAACGCUUGGGCGGUGGCUGCCAGGUUCCGGUGGGUGCUUAUGCCCAGUCGGAUGGGGAACUGAUGAACCUGACCGUCUUUCUGGGAACAACCGACGGAUCGGAGACCUUCCAGGCCAAAGUGCGAGGCCUUACCCAUUCUCCACACCAACUGGCCGCCGACGCCAAUCUGGCUAUCGUGGAACGGGGCGGUGGCAGGCUGCUGGAAGAAGCGGGAAAGUAG